GCGAGAGAAAAGAGUUUUAAAAGUUCAAAGAUAUCAAUCAUAUUCAUAUAUGUAAAUAAAAGCUUUUUGUAGAUUUAUACAUUCUUCUGUGAAAAAAAAUAUGAUUGUUGUCUGACAUUGAGAACAAUAGAAGAAUCGGAAUUUCUCUCUCUGUUUAUUUGCCAGAAUCUUAUCAUUUUUAAAGUAUUUUCUAUUUAUUACAGAUCUACUCUUGGAUUUCGGAUUCUGCUGCAAUCGGGAAGCAAAGGUGCUUGAUUUGUUGAAACUCUGGAUAUUUUCUCGGCAAAAACAGUUCACUAUGCUCUGAAUCUUGUAAAAAGAUGAUUCAAAUGGACGGUGGCGAUAGGCUUAGAGUGACGUUACUAGAUCGAAUAUCAACGGUGGAGACUAGCCGGAGCUCACUAACAGGAUUAACUCUGGAAGCGAUUCUAAUGGCUGAUAAAAACGUAACCUCGCCGCAACCACCGCAAAUUGCGCCGCCGCCGCCGCCGUCGUCGAGAAACCAAUCGAAUCGGUCACUUCUCGAUGUAAUGCAGAGAGAGCACCGACACGACCAUAGCCACCGAGAUAAAACCGCUUGGAAAAGUCUCCGGCGACUCAAACGAAACGCCGCUGCUUGGAUCUCGGCGAAUCCUAUUCCGAGUUCGAAUAAUACGCCUAUCCUUAACCGGGAUAACGAUAGCCGCCACCACCGACUCGGUUUCAACCUCUCCAACUCCGAAGGAGGACAAUCUGAGUUUAACGGAGCAACGACGGAGGGGAGGAUCCGGUUAGGAGCAGUGUUGGCGGAGGAGAGAGCGUUGUCGGCGAGGGAAGAAGAGAUUAGGACGGCGACGACGAUGGAGAUUCAGCCGGCGAGGAUGUCUUUGAUGGAGUUGUUGGAGGAGAACGAAGGGCAAAUGCGUUUGGUAGGAGGAGAGGGAGAGGAGGAGGAGGAAGAGGAGGGAAGAGUUAGGUGCGGCGGAGGAGGAGGAGAAGCGGCGGAGACGACGGCGGAGAUAAGUUGUUGUGUGUGUAUGGUGAGAAGCAAAGGAGCGGCGUUUAUACCGUGUGGUCAUACGUUUUGCAGGUUGUGUUCGAGAGAGCUUUGGGUUCAAAGAGGAAACUGUCCUCUUUGCAACACUUCCAUUUUAGAAAUUCUUGAUCUUUUUUAGGCUUCUUUUUUUUUCAUUUAUUUAUUUUAAUGGAUGAUCAUAUGUAUUUUAGGUUGUUUUCUUUGUUGUUGUAAUGUGUUA